AGAAUAAAAGUGGAGAGUCUUUGCAGCGUGCAGUAAUUGGUUUUUGGUUCGCUGCUCGUAGUUGGUUCUGCAUUGAUAGGGCGAGCGGUAUGUUUUUUUUUGAAUGUGCCACUGUUUUCGCAAACAGCUGAAAAUAAACAUUCUCCACAAGAAAGAUGGUGACGCCCCCGGCGCCGGAGCAGCAGUCGGGCGUGAAGGAGUCCGGGAUCCGGUUGAUGAGUCGGCUCGUAUACAUUGCAAAUAUGUCUGGGUCUGGAAACAUGUACACUUCUGAUGCGCAUUUUUAAAGCAGACAAAUAUCUGUCAUGCAUGGACCGCAAAAGCUGCUUCUUUCUUGUCGCCCAAAGAGGGGACUUGUCAUGCAGGUCAGGCAUUGCGAAACCUGCUCAAAACCUGUGAUGCUAGGACUUGCAUGCGCGACCUUCCGUGUCAUGCACAAACAGCAUCACGCUCUUCCAGAGCCAGACAUGUUUGCGUUUGAUAGCUCGCGCUCGAGUACAACGCCGUGAACCUGAGUCAGGGCUUUCCCAACGAAGCCCCGCCCCCCGAGGGUGUGGUUUCCAUCGUCUGCGCGCUGCUGGGCGGCAGCGCGGACAAGGCACAGGAAAUCGCGAAGAUGCCAGCGCAGGAUCUGCUACAGCAGAUGGUGGAGAGGAGGAGUGAAGCUGAUAAAAAUUGCUCCAGCAGUGUUUCUUUCGAGGACUUCAUACGGCAAAUCAUCACAGAGAAGAACGCCAAAGACGCGCACUCCCAGUACUCCAUGCCGGUGGGGCGGCCGCAGAUUCGAAAGUGCAUCGAGGAGUACUACGCGAGGUGGUACGGGGGGAACAAAGGCUUCCUCAACGGCGUCACGAACCAGAAAAACGUCGACGCCGAGGCGAACAUCACGGUUACGCUUGGCGCCACGGAAGCCUUCGCCGUGGCCCUGCGGUCGGUGUGCCAGCCGGGGGACUCCAUUCUGGUGAUGGAGCCCUAUCACGAGCUGUAUCCGCAGCAGGCGAAGGUUUUCCAUUUGAAUUGCGAAAUCACGACGUUGUUCGAGGACGAAGCGGCCAACGCCUGGCAGUAGGCAAGGCAAAAGCAUCGUACUUCCGUAAAUCGCAUGCCAAAGUAUAAUUUUUUCGAAGGGAAAUAAACUGUCAUGCAGAUUCUGGUAGGAAAAGAAAACCACAUUUGUCAUGCAUUUUGGUUACGUCGAAUACAAUAGUACGAUGCUUUUACGAGUGGAUAGGCAGCUCAGCUUCGACGACAUCCGGCAGAAGAUGCGACGGUGCCGCGCGUUGGUGUUGUGCGACCCGCACAACCCGACCGGGAAGGUUUUUACCAUACCGGAGCUGCAGCAGCUGUGCCGGAUCUGCUUGGACAACGACGCGUACCUCAUCACGGACGACAUCUACGAACACAUGAUUUACGACGGCGCGGUGCGGAGCAAGCACGUGCUGCCCGGGUUCGACACGGCCCAGGUCUUGACGAAGGAAGCCGGGUUCAGCGACGAGGACGUGGUGAAGAUGGGAAGUCUCUCUCUGCUGAUGAACUCGGUGUCGAAAUCCUUCUCCUGCACGGGCUGGCGGGUGGGGUGGCUGAUCUGUCCGCCGCACUUGGCGAAGACCGUCCGCGCCGUGCACGACCAGCUCGUGUUGCAGGCACCGACACCCAUGCAGCUGGGGGUGGAGAGCUUGCUGGAUAAAAUGGACGAAGAGUACUACCGGUAUUUGAAGAACAAAUACGAGGAGCGGCGGGACUUUUUAGUAACUACGCUGAAGCAACUGAACUUCGAGAUCAUCGGUCCGUUUGCAGCGUACUACAUCUUCGCGAAAUUCCGGAAAGUCGAGAAGCUGAAGCACUUCGAAACGGCACAGGACGCGUGCAUGUUCUUACUGAAGAACUGCGGUGUGGCAACUGUUGCGGGGGACACGUUCUACAGUAACAAGGAGAAGGCAAACGAGUACAUUCGGUUUUGCUUCUGCCGCCAAAUGGACGACCUGGCGGAAGCGGCGGACCGGCUGAAGAAAAAUCUGCAGUAGAAAAAGGAACAAUUUCAGGUUCUCGCAGUCCCCUCCCUUUCUUGUGUGGACGAGCUAGCGAUAUUGUGAUCGUGAAGUGAACGCGUUGCCAACAUGCUCGUGUAGAGAUGUUCCUGCUGUAGCAGAGGAACAGCCACAGCAUGCGGUUUUGAUGGGAAAAGAAUAAAUACAGCGACGUCGGAAACAUACAACAGCAGUCUAGUUAAGGGUUGUUGUUCGAGUGGCUGCUAUUGCUCCGACCACCACGUCGGAUUGGAUAUCGGGGACGCUGAAAGAACAUGAGAAGACAUAGAAACACGACACAUAGUACAAGGACUCCUUUUUGUUGUAUUUGACACGACUAGCAGAGCUGGGCCUCAUCUUCCCUUUUGGCGCAACAGGAGAGAAU